GGCACUCCUUUUUGGGACACAUUGGGAGGAAUCAACCGCUUUGUGUAGCAAAUGGAGCGGGCACUGCGGGGACCUACGAGGAUGUCCUCCAGGGCUCCGGACAGGGCACUUUUCAGUUUGUUUGACCCUGCUUUGUUUUUCUCACACUCGAGGACAAGGCUUUUUGACCAGAAAAGGCUGAUUCGAAUAAUUUCAUAAAAUAUACAGCCUCAGAAAUGUGCCUCUGUAUGGUGCUGCUCAUCAAUCGUGGCGAAAGAGUUUCUUCAAUGGCGGGUGCACGUUUUUAACAUGGAUGAAAAAGACCUUUUUUUUUUUUUUUUUGAAGAGGAGAGCAAUGCGUGGUUCUUCAAAGACCGUGUUCACGAUCAUUAUGUUGCAAUGCUUCAGGUGUUAGGAUGCGCUCCCUGAGGAAGACGGUGGUGUUCGGCAUCCUGGCGUCAGCGGUACUGGUACUGGCUCUCAUGCACACGUGGCCCACCCGGGCCUACACCACAAUAGAGGUCUGGCAGCGACCAGGCCUCCUGGCAGAGAGAACUCUGGAGGACCGUCUCCCGGAACCUGAUCCCCAGUUGAGUACCAUCCCCUUCCGGGUCCGCGACAGUGUGGCAGGCUUGUUGGCGCACAACGGAUGCGUUUGUGAGAGCAAAGGGGUGAACCUUCCCUUCUUCCAAAUCUUAUCGUCACGGGUGUUAGCUCGCCCGCUGCACACGGCCUUCAAGCCCGCCGAGCUGGAGGAGGUGAAGAGGAGACGGGACAAAGAGUUCAAGAACCUCCAGAAAAGGUUACAGACAUCAGCAGAUGUGCUCAUUAUUGCAGAAGCAAACAACCCGUUACAGUAUCCGACACAGGGGGUGGAGGUGCGGCCCCUAAAAACAAUCAUCAUCCCAGGACUGGCGUUACAGGAUCUUCCGAAAGACCGCCACUCUAUAAAUCUCACCGCCACCCUGGGGACGUUGAACGUCGCCGCCGAGGUGGACGGGGUUCAAAUCCGAGGCGACGGCGAGAUGUGCAUGUCCCUGUCGAGUGCCGCCCUGACCAAGCUGAACCGACAGUUGCAGUUCGUCACGUACACCAACACGCUGUUCCAUCCCAACACUGCCGACACAGUGCACCUCGAGACCGAGGGCCAUCAAGCCAACUUCAUCAUCAAGAUCCGUCACAAUGUGACGCCAAAACUCUACAACACGGGAACUGAAGAAGAGUAUAACAUCAGUGCUCUGGUUACCAUAGCGACAAAGACUUUCCUGCGUUACGACAAGCUUCAGAAUCUCAUCGACAGCGUGAGGAAAUACUACCCGACCGUCACGAUUGUCAUUGCGGAUGAUAGUCAAAAUCCCCGAAGCAUCUCUGGGCCUUACAUUGAACAUUACAUCAUGCCUUUUGGAAAGGGCUGGUUUGCCGGUCGGAACCUGGCCGUUUCCCAGGUGACCACCAAGUAUGUGCUUUGGGUGGAUGAUGACUUCAUCUUCACCAGCAAGACCAAGGUGGAGAAGCUUGUGGAUGUUUUGGAGAGGACCACUUUGGACCUGGUGGGGGGCGUAGUGCGAGAGGUCACAGGGUAUACCACCAGCUACAGGCAGACCAUAUCCACUGAGCCCGGGGAGGAGGACGGGGACUGUUUGCACUUGAGGCGAGGGUUCUAUCACGUCCUCCAAGGCUUCCCCAACUGUGUGGUGACUGACGGCGUGGUUAACUUCUUCCUGGCUCGGACUGACAAAGUCCAGCAGGUCGGCUUUGACCCGCGCCUCAAUAGAGUGGGUCACCUGGAGUUUUUCAUCGAUGGCCUGGGAUCCCUCCAUGUGGGCUCUUGUGACGAUGUCGUCGUCAGUCACGCCAGCAAAAUCAAGUUCCCCUGGGCCAGCCAAUCGGAAAGCGACAAGGCCUACGCCAAGUUUCGCUACCCGCCGGCCUCCUCCGAUGUGUCGCAGAGCAAAUUUGGCCUCCUUUACUUCAAGAACAGAUUUCAGUGUUUGACUCGGGGUGAUUAGCUUGCUUUCUACGUACACCCUGGCUUGCCAAAGAGGACAUGAAUUUGAGAAGGAUGCUAUUUCAGAUUUUUUUUUUUUUUUUGGGGGGGGGGGUUCCCAUGGAACGUGCAUUUUCCAGUACAAACCAAACAGUAUAAACAUGUCUUUUUGUUUACAAAAAAAACCCCAAGAUGUGUUUUGGACAUUUGUGAAUUUCAACGGUCCACAUUUGCCCUCCCACAAAGUGACAAUUGUGUAAAUACACUACAUAGAGGGAGGCUCCCUGUUGCAAACUUGGUAUUUAAUAUUGUGACCAUUUUAUUGGCUUUUAAGUGUUUUGCUAAACUUCAUAAUACGGUAUUGAAUUUUUUUUUUUUUUAAAUCAGAAAAAUGUGUAAAGAAUAAGGUUUUUGUUUCUAUCAUCGUUCCUGCCUAAAAAUGUCUGCAAACUGAUCUGAUCUGUGAUGGUGUGUGUGCAUGUGUCAUGAAAUCCAUUCUUGUCUUUCUACAAUCGUGAUAAAAUGAGCAAUAGUUCCAUUUCACAGUUUCGUACAGUACAUUUUCGUUCAUAUCUCAGAAACAACACUUCGUGUUUUGCUUGCUGCUGUUGUGUGAAUGCAAAAUGGGUUCCUCAUCCUGGCACUUACGCUCACAGAUCCCUCUGAUGUAUCGAAACAGCCCAAUGAGGCUCUCGCUGGUGGCAUUAAUGGUAAAAACGGCUUGAGUGACAAAGAAGGAGCG